GUGGCCCCAGGAGGUGGCGGCGGGCGCGGGAGCCCGGGCCGCGCGGAACUGGCCGUCGGGGCCCCCAUGCCAUGGAGAAGCUGGCGGCCGGGCUGGCCGGCCUGCGCUGGAGCAUGGGCGCCUUCCCGCUGGACCUCAUCGUCAGCCGCUGCCGCCUGCCCACGCUCGCCUGCCUCGGACCAGGAGAGUAUGCUGAGGGCGUCAGUGAACGUGACAUCCUGCUCAUCCACUCCUGUCGCCAGUGGACAACAGUGACUGCCCACACCCUGGAGGAAGGUCACUACGUCAUUGGGCCCAAGAUUGACAUUCCCUUGCAGUACCCAGGCAAAUUCAAGCUCCUGGAGCAGGCCCGGGAUGUGCGGGAGCCGGUGAGGUACUUCAGCAGCGUGGAGGAGGUGGCCAGCGUCUUCCCUGACCGAAUCUUUGUGAUGGAAGCCAUCACCUUCAGUGUCAAGGUGGUGUCGGGCGAGUUCAGCGAAGACAGUGAGGUGUACAACUUUACGCUGCACGCGGGUGACGAGCUCACUCUCAUGGGCCAGGCGGAGAUUCUGUGCGCCAAGACCACCAAGGAGCGCUCGCGCUUUACCACCCUCCUGCGCAAGCUGGGACGCGCAGGGGCGCUGGCUGGGGUCGGAGGCGGCGGCCCCGGGAGUACCGGGGCCGCGGGCGUCGGUGGGGGUGCCAGACCCAUCAAAGGCAAGAUGCCCUGCCUCAUCUGCAUGAACCACCGCACCAACGAGAGCCUGAGCCUGCCCUUCCAGUGCCAGGGCCGCUUCAGCACGCGCAGCCCGCUGGAGCUGCAGAUGCAGGAGGGCGAGCACACGGUGCGCGCCAUCAUCGAGCGUGUGCGGCUGCCCGUGAACGUGCUGGUGCCCAGCAGGCCACCUCGCAACCCUUAUGACCUGCACCCGGUGCGCGAGGGCCACUGCUACAAGCUGGUCAGCAUCAUCUCCAAGACCGUGGUGCUGGGGCUCGCACUGCGCCGCGAGGGCCCGGCGCCGUUGCACUUCCUCCUGCUCACCGACACGCCGCGCUUCGCGCUGCCGCAGGGCCUGCUGGCGGGGGACCCUCGCGUCGAACGCCUGGUGCGCGACAGCGCCUCCUACUGCCGGGAGCGCUUCGACCCCGACGAGUACUCCACGCCGCCCGCCGGCGACGGCGACCAGGAGUACGUGAGCCCCGACUGGGCGGCGCCCGAGCCCACCGCGCAGCCGCCCGAGAUCCCCUACGAGGAGCUGUGGACGCACCAGGCCACCGAGAGCCUCGCCGAGGGCAGAGCCAGGCCGCCCUCGGGCACCGACCUCAUCUCCUUCGGGGCCGCGGGGACACCUCGCCUGGAGUCUGAAGCGCCACCGCCUCCUGUCCCACCCAAAUCCGAGGCGGUGAAGGAGGAAUGUCGUCUGCUCAACGCCCCGCCUGUCCCUCCCAGGGGUGGCAAUGGCAGCGGCCGGCUCUCCAGCAGCCCCCCUGUGCCCCCACGCUUUCCCAAGCUGCAGCCUGUCCACUCACCCACCUCCAGCCUCUCCUACUACUCUUCUGGCCUUCAGGAUGGGGCAGGCUCCCGCAGUGGCAGUGGCUCCCCGUCCCCGGAUGCUUACUCCCUCUACUGCUACCCUUGCACCUGGGGGGACUGCAAGGUGGGCGACUCCUCGAGCCGCCCCACCCCGGGACCCCCGCCUUCAACCACACAGCCCAGCCAGGCCUCCAGGGCCCACCCUGAGCCCCUGAGCAGCCGAGCCACCUCUGCCUCGGGAGCUGACACCCCUGUUAAAACCUACCACAGCUGCCCGCCUCUGCUCAAGCCUUCGCACCCUCAGAAACGCUUUGCUCCAUUUGGAGCGCUCAACCCCUUCUCUGGGCCUGCCUACCCCGCAGGUCCCCCAGGGGCCCCCUCUUCUGGGCCCACCAGCACCUCAGGUGCCCUGGCUACCUCCAGUCCUGCUUAUUCUCCAGGCUCAGCCUCUCCAGGCCAGGCCUAUUCAGCUGCUCCCCCGUCCUCCUGCCCUACUACUUCCUCUUCCUCCUCCUCUGAAUGGCAGGAACCAGCCCUGGAGCCCUUUGAUCCCUUUGAGCUGGGACAGAGUGCUUCUCCGGAGCCCGAGCUACUGCGCUAUCAGGAGCCCAGAGCUGUGGGGGGACCUGGGUCUGCACCCCGUCUUUCACCCCUCGGACCCCCUAAGACCUUUGACCCUGAAGGUCUGGUGCUGAGACAGGUCCCCACCCCACUGUCACCCGCUGCCCUGCAGGGGCCCGAGGCAGGUGGGACACGAAUCUUUCUCACCCAGGGGCGCCUUGAAGGGCCUCCUGCCAGCCCCCGGGAUGGCACUUCAGGCUGGGGAAGCCGGGACCCUUCCUCCUGGCAGCCUCCUGCGGACCUGUCUGCACUCUCUCUGGAGGAAGUGUCUCGCAGUCUGCGCUUCAUUGGGCUCUCGGAAGACGUGGUGAGCUUCUUUGCCCGGGAACGCAUUGAUGGCAGCAUCUUUGUGCAGCUUAGUGAGGACAUCCUGGCAGACGACUUCCACCUCACCAAGCUGCAGGUCAAGAAGAUCAUGCAGUUCAUCAAAGGCUGGCGGCCCAAGAUCUGA